GACGAACACAAAGCACAGCGCUUAGGCAAAUCCAAGGUAUUGUCUAAGGAUCUGUGAUGCAGAUCACUGUUUGUCGUCAUUUAGAGUGACUUGUAAAAGGGAAUAGCACGUUGAAUAUUCACCCUUUAUUUGGACUUAAGAGAAUCAUAAGAAUUUUGUCAAACAUAACUCACAUACGAACCCAUACCAUUUAAAAGUAAUUUUGUGUUUUGCGUAAAAUGUAUUCGAGAUACAUUUUUAGUAAUUAAAAAGACGAGACGUCGACAUGGCCUUAUUUAACUUACUAUUAUUGCCAAAUAUUUGAGACUAUAGAUGUUAAUGAAUUCUUUAAAUCUGUUUAUGAUACCUCAAAAGUACGGAUGAAUAUCAAGAAAAGUUAUCUGGGAAUAUACAAUGGAUUUCAGCUAAUGGGAUGGGGUUAUAUACUAUCUUUGUACAUAUUUGAGUCAUCCAUCAAAAGAAAGUGGUUUGAGUUCAGUGUUCAAGUAGAUAUUUUUCUACGCCUGUUCCAAUCACUAGCUGUCGUUGAGAUAAUCCAUUCCGCAGUAGGAUUAGUUAGAUCUUCCGUCAUGACAACAAUGUUACAGGUAUCUUCCCGGUUACUAGUUGUGUGGGGAAUUUUAUAUAUAGUCCCAGAAGUUGCACGUGAUAAUUUGGGUGUCCCACUCAUUGUUAUAUCGUGGUCUAUUGCUGAAAUGAUUCGUUAUUCAUAUUAUGUGGCAGAUAUAUGUAGGGUCAAGUUAAAUCUGCUAACUUGGUUAAGGUACUCAGGUUUUAUGGUUUUGUAUCCAACUGGGAUUUCUGGUGAGGUUCUUCUAAUAGUAAGUGGUAUAAAAAGACUGAAGGAAACAGGAGAAUAUUCCUUCAGUCUUCCAAACGCUCUAAAUUGUUCACUCUAUUAUUGGUUUGGUUUGUUUACUAUACUUAUAACCUACAUUCCAGGUUCGAAGACAAUGUACACUCACAUGAUGCGUCAAAGAAGAAAAGUGUUACAAAAUUGUAACUAAGGAACAAUUGUUAUUUUUUCAUUAUACGGGAAAUUUAGCUUAUUUAUAAAUGUUUCAUAGGUAUUAACAGCCAUUUGGCAUUUCUCUGAUGUACCUAAGAGCACCCAAAAUUCAGCUUCUUAUUCCAUCCAGCUAAAACGUUCCAAGUGUGACGAAAUACGUGUCCUGAACCCGUCCAACCGCUAGCUAUUAUCCAUCUCUUUAUAACGCCUGUGACAAUGAAAAUAUUGAGGCAAUCCACACAGGGUUCAUAUAUGCUAAAAGAGAUUUGGUAAUUGCAGUCCUAUAUAUCAAUUGGAAAUUUCAAAUAAGCAGUACAUAUGAGUUCAUCUGUUUUAUUUUACGCUGGAAAAAACAACUGAUUUCCCAUGUACUUGGAUAUAAGCUGCACUCUUAGUGUGAAGGCUAAUGAUGCUAUUCAGUUGUCCAAACCAAAGUUGGUAGUGCGAGGUCC